AUGAACGUCCGUCUGCGUCAGACGGGGCUAGAAUCGAAUCUUCCCCUACAGCUUCAUGUGCGAGUGAAUGCAGUCACAGCAUCGGAAUCCUCUGGUGAAACUGAGGGGACGGAGGUGGUGUCGCAGCCGGUGUCUGAGCCAGAACCGGAGAAAUUGGAGGCAAAGGAAGAAGAGCCAUCAGGAUGUCGUCCAGAGAGUAGUAGCCCCCCAACCACCAUAGUUCUUGAUGAUGUUGUCAAGCCACCCGCCUCUGGUAUUGAAAGUGGCAGCCUUGGAAGUAGCGUUGCCGUCUGUUACAGCGGUGGAGGUGGUGGUAGUGGUAGACGCCCCUCUUCGGGACCCGAACGGCUAGGGCCUACUGCCUCGCUCCACUGCGAGUCACCGAUCCAGGUAGAGCGGAUUUGUUCAAUCCCCAGUGAACCUUUGCCACAGUUCGCCUCCUCCUCUGUCACUCAGGGGCCUCGGGUGGUUCCUCUUCCUUCCAGGGAGAUUGCCAAGGAGGCUGCGCAACGAAUCCUCAAGGAUGCUGCAGAACGACACCGUAGACGCGUCUGCGCGAUGCAGGCGCGACUAGAGAGGACUUCAGCUGGUGGAAUGGCCUCAGCGGGGGCCUCCUUACUCCCGCACCAAACACAGUGGGUCAAGUGGUUGGCUGUUGCUGUAGCCAUGGUAUUAAUUGCCCUCUUGGUACGUCGGCUCAUGAUCAUGUCUACCACUGGGCCUUAUUAA